AUGGCCACUAUCAAACCCCUAUAUCAAAUAUGGGCAAAGAAUGCUCCUUUACUGAGGCCGAUUGUAAACCAAAAUGCACUUGGCAAAAAUUUCACCAGUCACUCGAUGAGCAAAGCUUGGACCAUAAAAAAGGUAGUGCCAAACGUGAUCGAUGACAUACCAACAUACAAAUUAGGAGUUCAGUACGCUGUGGUAAAUAUCAACGAAGGAACAAUAGUCAAUCCGAGACAAGUCAAGGAUCAACCAACUGUUUCUUGGAAGUUUAAGGAAAGAUCGGAGUUGUUCGCGCUUUGCAUGGUCGAUCCAGACGCACCCAGCAGAAGUAAGCCGGUUCAAAGGGAGUGGCUACACUGGCUGGUCGUAAAUAUACCGGGAAAUUCUGUUGAAAAAGGAGAAACUCUCGCAGAAUAUAUAGGAGCGGGUCCCCCAAAAGACACAGAUUUCCAUAGAUAUGUUUUUCUACUGUAUGUUUAUCGAGAGACAAUUAAAUUUACUGAAAAAAAGAUUCUGAAAACUUCACCUGAAGGGAGGCCCAAAUUUUCCGUAAGGAAGUUUACUGAGAAAUAUAGUCUAGGAAGACCCGUGGCUGGCAAUUUUUUUAUGGCUGAAUACGAUAACUACGUUCCUGAGCUGUUCAAGCAACUGGGUUUAAAAUAA